CGCAGGCCCACCCGUCUUGUUGCCCAUCAAUCUGCUGCCAAAACUUGUCUCCGCAACAGCGCCAUUCUCAGGUCGCAGUCCAACACACUCACAAUCUGCUUCGACGACCACGCAUCAAGACAUACUCUGGAUCACGUCAAAUCCCCCUUGAUUUGUCGCCUCUUUGCUGUCAUACCAAAACUCAUCCCCUCACACCAUGCCCCCGGCAAAGAAGAGAAGGACGACCCGAUCGUCAAAAGCGGUCGUUGAAGAGGAGCCUGUUGCCGUCAAGGCCCCGACCCCCGACGAGACGGCGGUUACCGACGAGCCCAUGAACACCGACGAACCCGCGAAGCCCAGCGACGAAGCAACAGCAGCCAUCCCGGAGGAACCUUCGGCCCCUGCGGCCACCGGCAGCCGCUCAGAAGACCCCGCCCCGGCGGCAGAGGCCUCGGCAGAAGCAGAAGCAGAAGCAGACACGCAAUCGGCGGCCGAAAAGGCGGCGGACCGCAUGGCCCGCUUCCGCGCGCUGCAGGAGCGGGCCAAGAAGUCGUCGGACCAGAACCUCAAGGCGGCGACGGCCGAGUCGCGGCGGCUGGCCACGGACCCGACGCAGCUGACGGCGCUGCACCGGCGGCACGCCAUCGCGUCGCACAAGAUCCUCAAGGCCGACGUCGAGGACGCGGGCGGCGACUUUGAGCGCAAGCGGGCCUGGGACUGGACCGUCGAGGAGAGCGAGCAGUGGGACAAGCGCAUGAAGAAGAAGGAGUCGGCCCGCGACAACAACGCCUUCCAGGACUUCCGCCAGGAGGCCCAGAAGAUCUACAAGCGCCAGCUCAAGAACAUGCCCCCGGACCUGGAGCGCUACGCGAGCGACAAGAUGGCCGCCAUCAACAAGGCCGCCGCCGCGGGCACCCUCGACAUCGUCGAGACCGAGGACGGCGAGCUCAUCGCCGUCGACCGCGACGGCUCCUUCUACUCCACCGCCGACUCCACCUCGUUCGCAAACAACAGGCCCGACAAGGCCGCCAUCGACCGCCUCGUCAACGACAUGAAGAAGGCCGAAGACGUCGCCGCCAAGAAGCGGAAGGCUCGCACCGCUAAGAACGGCGACGACGACGACGUCACCUACAUCAACGACAAGAACAAGCAGUUUAACCAGAAGCUGUCUCGCUUCUACAACAAGUACACUGCUGAGAUCAGGGAGAGCUUUGAGCGCGGUACUAUGAUUUGAUAAUUUGACACAUAUUUCUUUCACUUCUGGCUAUUCCUUCUAGCAUCUUUCUUCUCAUACGACGGGGGCAUAUCACAUGCGUCAGGGGUUACGGUGAUGGUUAUAAGACUGGGCAAGCGGGCAUCAAUGGAUUUACACGGGCAAGGAUCGCCCUGAGGAUUCGAAAAGAAAUGACAGCGAAACAUCUCCACCUUUGUGGCGGUUUUAACCCGAAGAAACGAGGUCCCGUUAUGUCUAAUGAUAC